AUGUUAACUAAAGAUAAAAAUGAUGGUAGCCUUCUCAGAGAAUUACUCUCUAUCUGGUUGGAUGAAGCCUUUACUCAACACCAUAUUAUCAAGAAGCCUUGUUAUGUGGAGUUUGAAUAUUUGGUUUAUUACCCUGACAAGGUUACUGGAUCGAUUACUGAUUUAGAUGGAAUUAAAGUUGAGAGAUUUUUGUUGUGGUACAGUGUGAAUGAGAUCCGUGUGGAUUUGCCAUCGUCUGGGAAUAUUUACUUUCAAGUAGGGUUUAUUAACAAAAAGCUUGACAUUAAACAGUUUGAUACUCCUCGUUCUUGCCAGGACAAUGAGCUGUGGAGGACCAUCUCUGAGACAGGUGAUUUUCUAGUUUGA